AUGGGUAAUAAACCUCCUGGUAAACUUCGACAAGCGGAUCUCGAUUAUUUCCGUCAUCUAACUACAUUUACUGAUACUGAAAUUCAAGACUGGUACAAAUGUUUUCAUAAGGAUUGUCCAAGUGGACAAUUAACAUCGGAUGAGUUUAAAAAAAUCUAUGCUCAAGUAUUUCCAGCAGGUAAUUCAUCAGCUUUUGCUGAACAUGUUUUUCGACGUUUUGAUGCUGAUCGUAAUCAACGAAUAUCAUUUCGAGAAUUUCUCACUGCAUUGAGUAUCACAUCAAAGGGAAAUCUCGAACAAAAAUUAAAUUGGGCGUUCGGUCUUUAUGAUACAAAUGGUGAUGGAUUUAUAACGAAAGAUGAAAUGCUCGAAAUUGUUACUGCAAUCUAUCAAAUGGUUGGAACUAUUAUGCAAAUGCCAGAAGAUGAGUCAACACCGGAAAAACGAACUGACAAGAUUUUCAACAUAUUUGAUACUGAUCAUGAUGGGAAAUUGACACGUGAAGAAUUUAUUGAAGGUGCUAAAUCAGAUCCAUCCAUUGCUCGUCUAUUACAAUGUGAUGCAUCAGUUGUUUCAAUACGUCCAUCAGAGAAUGCUUCUUCUUCGACAACGAAUCUACGUACAUAA